AUGCAGCUGAAGAGUGCCGGGCAGCGUGGCUACAAGAUGUUUUCUCGUGGUUCGAAGCCAGAACGUGGCGCUUGGUCAGCUCGUCUGCACUUGGCGAAGGCCAGAAAGCUGAAGUACAGCAACGAGCAGCUUCAGCGACGAAGCAACCAUGAAGGUGUGAACAAGAUCAGGCUUUUUCGGCGUGGCCGUCUGUUCAACCGACAUGGUGUGGCGAGCGUCAGUGUGCUCAAGCUUCGUGCAAGUGGCAACCGCUUCAGCAGCACUUACUCGAUGGCAGCUUUCCUGAAAGCUGCCUUCGGUGAAUGUCAGCAGCGGUUGAAGUCACUGCGCGGAAAGCGCCUGCGCGGUGUUACGGCGGCUGCGAUUGCCAUGCAAGCAUCGCCAGCGACUGUAACGACGAUGCGCUUCGUUGUGGCUGGUGCCUUUAUGGCACGGCAGGCCCACAUGCUGGCAAGAAUCUACACGAUGUGUCUCGCAAAGCCACCUCUGUUUGCGGGCACAAGGACCUGUUUCGACGAAACGAGCCAAGUGGUGGUUGCUGGCUCGCGUCAGACUGGUCAGGGCCAGGGUGAGAAAGCAGCUCACCAAAUCAUGGUCGUCAAGAAGACGCUGUGUCUGGUGUGGGCAGACCAAAAUGGUCAGCUGGCUGUUUUCCAGGUAUGCCCGCCUCUGCUGCUGGUGUCUCCGUCAGCCGACCACAUCUGGUGGGCUCUUCGCAACCACCCGUGCCUGCACAGCAUCAGGUCCUUCGAGGAACUUAUCCUGGCUACCGCGCAGCACCCGCUCCUGCUUUCGGAAUGUGACAACGCCACCGCAAAUGUGCGUCUGCACCACCACCACAUGCGUAUGGUUGAAGAUUCUGGCAAAAAAACGUUGGUGGAGAAUAUCUUCUGCCAUUCCCACCAAACUGCGCUGGUGGAAACCGCAGCAGCAUCCACACACUGGCCAAAACUGAAAACAGCGGUGCGGAAGUACAUCGUGGACAACGCAGAGAUAGUUGUUGUGCAGGAUAAGGUUGCUGCACCGAUGUACAACCAGGAGCUAUGCUCCAUGCUGGCCCACUCUCGCUUGAGCGGCGAGACCGAGGACAGUUCAGAUCCUGGUAUGGCCGACUUCCUUAGCAUGUGGAAUGGGCCUUUGCAUGUGCAGGCUGGUGGACAGUGCAAGUUGCAGCACUACUGUUCGGGCUGCUGUUCCAGUGCCAUCCAAGCAAAGGAUAAAUUGGCGAGCUACGCCAGCAGGACGCAGGCGGAGGACAGGGCGGUGAUGACGAGUUGGAUCAGCGGCGAGCUGGGCUACCGCUUGAAAGUGCUGGCUCUUGUGGACGAGCCUAUUCGCUUCUUGACGUUCGCAUUUCUGAGAUCUACCAGCACCGCCACAGUGAAAGCUGCUCCGCUGCUUAUGGAUAUGGUCCUUGCCAGCUGCUCACCCCUUCUUGCCAGCCAGCAAUAUCUGUCUUCUUUGUUGUUCGGAGUUGACAAUGCUCGGCUAUGUUUGCUGUAUGAAGCGGACGGAUACUCGGAGCUUGAAGCUUUCGAAGAGGCAGAGCCGAUGAAGGUUCGCACACUACGUCGCAUGGUGCUCUUGGUUACCUCCUGGAUCCAGGUGCGUCACUGUGACAAGCUGGAGGCACCACCAUUCAACUUGGUGGCUGUUGCUGAUGGUCGGGCAGACGAGGCAACCACUGCUUCUGUCCUGCGCAAGUGGGAUGAUACUCCUGCCUGCUGCUUGCGCCCUGGCAUGGCAAGAACGCUGAAGGAGCGGGGUGUCUGCGGCGAGGAUUUCCGGAGCUCAGAGAAACAUGGUGGCAGCAAACUUCAACAAACUGUUCAACAAUCCUAUGAAAGGGCUUUUGCAGAUGUUUUUUUCUAUGCUAGUGGUUACCAAGGGCUGGCUCAGCCUUUGCCAGUGGUUUGCAUAUGUUUCGCAAUGACUAUAUCCGGCAGCAAACUGGAGUCCUGGAACAUUGUCAAGACAGAGUACGCUGCCCUGGCUCCUGCAAACAAGGCUUUUUGGGAUGCCCAAGCCGCCCGUGCAAAGUCAACCGCCCGGAUGGUGCGGCAAACCGAGAAGGCGGUGGCCAAGGAGAAAGCAGCAGCGAAGGCGCAGCAACGUCAGCUGGGCCACGAUGCGAUUUCAGGCUCUGUGUCUGCGACUGAGACCAGGCUGAAGCUUCCAACCGCCCCGGGCGUGCCUUUUAUCUUCAAUGCCUCCAUUUGCGAGGCGGACGCUCGACGCUUGACAACCCAGACAUCCAGCGUGUCUAGGUUUUUCGGCCACCUGACAGAAAAGUACGAGCAGGCUACUGCAAGCGAGGAGGAGGCUUCAAUGUGGCCACUGACGGAGUCGAAUAUCUUGUCUUCGCUGCUUUCUUUGAAGUGCAGAGGCAAGACCUUGAAAGACGCCGUGCAGCAAAUCAACAAGACAUCGAAUGCUGUUGCUGGGCCGCGUUCUGUUGAUGAUCGAAUUCCUGGCAAGGUCAAGUAUUUUGCUACGUGCCCGGGAGUCUGUUUGAACAGCUGCGAGUCUGGUGCGCUCAUCUUGUACAGGAAGGUCGUCUCGACGCUGAAUGAACUCUGCAAUGGAUUCUCGUCCGCCGCUGAAGCUGUUCGGUCGGACAUGCUGUUGCGGAUUACUUCCAAGAGCGGAGCUCGCUACAGCCAGGACAGAUAUUUCUUGUUGGCCAGCAUGGCAUUUCAAGGAGGCAAGCAGCCCCGGGUGCAAUGCUACGCGCAAAUGGACAAGGUUCAGAUGCAACCAUUGCAUCUUUGUCUGAUGAAGCAGGCCCCUGUGCAACAGAGUGUGCCCUGGCACGAGCCCAUGGAUCGUGGCAGCAGAGGCAAUCACGGCAAGAUUGAAACUUGCACGGCAGAGCAGCUGGUGGCCAAAGUCAUUUUCAUUGAGGAGGAUUGGUUCGCACCUGUGCCGGCUGCAGAAGUGGUUGUCAGACCAUUGCGGUUCCAGGAUGUUUCCAGGUCUGUUGUGCAUGUGACUGGUGCGCUGCCGCAACAACAUCGCCUGACGGAUUCACCAGACGAGGGCGAGGAGGGCGAGGGUGAGAUGGAAGACCGGGCUGAUGCGGAUUCUGCCCCUGCAGCUGUGCGUCCAAACCCAGCACCACCUGACCCACAGCCACGUGCCCGGAAGGGUAAGAAAGAGCCAAAAGAGGGACUGUUUGACCCCUCGGAGUUUCGCGAGGAGCUUCUGUCGGAACUGCUUUCGGCGCUCGAUGUUCCGAUUGAUCCAGACAAACCGCUGCAAGACUACGAUGGCCUGCUAGAUCCGACGCAGUUGGAAGGCCUGGCGCGGUUGGACUCCUACUGUCGGCGAGAGGAGAACCAGGCGAUCGAGAAGAACGACAAAUCUGUGUCCUGGCAAUUGUUUCAAUUGUUGACUCUGGUUAUUUUUUUUGCAUUUUACCUUUCAUACUAG